CGCGUUGUCCAUAAGCGGGCGGCUUGCCGCCGUGCGUGCUUGCGUCUGGUUCUGUGUGGCGUGGGGGUCUGUCGAGGGGAGCCAAGCGAUCUGCCAGUGGAACUCUGUGCCCGAACACCGUGAACCGGCGCAAGUGACGGAUUCGUUUGCCUUCAGCAUCUCGUCGCCAAUCGGAAUAUAACGGCGCCGUGAAAAAGGCAUCCUUCGCAGCAACGACUGUUUCCAGGGAGGUUUGUCCGAGCGCGGAAUGCUUCGUGACCGGCACCAGUCUUGGCAGCACCGGAAUCGCAGGCAGCAAGAGAAUUCCCGGCCAUGAUCCUACCGCGACUCGGGCUGCCCUGAGAGCGACAGCGUCAGCACACUGCCGCGCUGUGCAAGCACGGUGCAUGCUAAACUUCUUGCGAAGAGAUUUGCCAUCUCCUCAUCACUUCGCUCAGCGGGAGGCCGUUUCAGAGCUUCCGCACAGUGCUAGCGGAAGGAGGCGUGCCUUGUGGUUACCUACGUUCCGAUUCGCAACGCGGUGGUUGGUGCGUGCCUCACUUCCAAGGUGCGUCUGAGUGUUUGAUCUCUUAGGCUGCUGUGGUCCACCGGUGUUUACUGCCCUUCUAUGCCAGCGUCUACUUCGACGCAGCAGAUGACCUCAGUUUGCCUGCGAGUUAGCGUUCGUUAGGCGUACACGCAACGUACCGAGGGCAACCAUUGGCGUCGAUUCUUGUGACGACCCUGUUCGACAGCUUUCUGUGAAUAAGACAGUCCACACGAAGACGUCGGUUCGCUACACGGUUCCUGUGGAGGUACCUGCAAGCCACGGCAACUCCGAGCGGUCGGCCGUGGUUGCCUCUUCGUUACUUGCCCGGCCGGCUACGGCAGGUCUAUUGAAAUCGGUGUCCUGCUAAGGUGUCUGCCUCGUGCUUGCUUGUGUGACAGAAGUGUGCGAGCGUGAGUGCGCGUGUUAGUCGGUGGGAUUAGGACGUGACACGCCUGGUGAAAGCUUCGAUCGGACGAGGACACUUCCAACGGCAAAGCCAUGCGAGAGGACGACUUCGAGGUAGCCCUGAAGGUGGUCGUGGUGGGCAACGGCGCCGUGGGCAAGUCUAGCCUCAUCCAGCGGUACUGCAAGGGCGUCUUCACGGCCGAGUACAAGAAGACCAUCGGCGUCGACUUCCUGGAGCGCCAACUGAGCAUCCGCGGCGAGGACGUGCGACUCAUGCUGUGGGACACGGCGGGACAGGAGGAGUUCGACGCCAUCACCAAGGCCUACUAUCGAGGAGCACAGGGAUGCGUGCUCGCAUUCUCCACCACGGACAGGGAGUCGUUCAGGGCCAUCGAGUCGUGGAGGAAAAAGGUGGAACACGAGUGUGGCUCCAUACCAAUGGUGCUGGUGCAGAACAAGAUUGAUCUCAUGGACCGGGCGACGGUGUCCAAGGAGGAGUCCGAGGAGCUUGCCAGGAGAAUGCAACUUCGGCUCUACCGCACCUCAGUGAAGGAAGACUUCAACGUCAACGAAGUGUUCCGGUACCUGGCCGAGCGGUAUUUAGACCAGAUGAACAAUCCCGUGGACGACUACGUCCGCGGACCCCACUCCAAAGGACUGCACCCCGUGACCAACAACCUCCGCAACGGCCACCUGCUGAAACCCUCGCAGGCUCACAGGGACGCCAACACUAUCAGCCUCCACCGGAGGCUCAGGCCGUCCAGGAAAUCGCUGCGUCGCAGCUGCUCCUUACUCUGACACGAAGCUUUGGCUCGUAAUCAGUCUUACCCAAAUUUUAGCCGGAGCACGUGCAUGUGCAGGUGGGAAUAGGCCCAGACACCCGCGAGGAUUCAAUUUAUUAUGCCGUCCAGGGCCCGUUGUCAUCGCUUCGAGCUGGCGAGGACGUGUGUCUCCGAUGGCGGAGCACAUCGAAGACUUCCUGGGUGGCUGCUGAUGCCCCGAGCGUCGGUUUAUUCUGAGCAGUUCUUAUGUAACGGUCCUGGCAACCACACGAUAGUUAUAGGGCCCUCGACACACACAUGAGUCGUUGGUACUUUGGCCUCGACGCUGUAUUUUCUGGUUUGCACUCAUCGCAUUGAAAGCUUGGGUAUGAUUGUCUUUGUGAAACAUGGACUUGCGAAGCCAGUGAGCUAUUUUUUUUCGUAGGAAAGCAUUUAUUAGAAUUCGAAUGCUCCAUUUGGAUCCAGUAUCCGUCCACGCGUGCUGAUGUGCCUUAACUCACUCAGUGCUUGAAUACUAAUUGUUGUCCUCAGCGGUGGACGACACAUUACAAUGCCCGUGACAUCGCAUAGUAAUGAUGUCUCUGGAGUGCAGGAGCUGGUGUAUUGUUAGAAACAUCUGCCUCUAUGGCAUUCUCCGUGUAUUAUGUCGACGCCUUUGGGAUAGUUUGCCGCUGCAUGCUUUGGCACUGUAAGCGUCCAGUAAGAUUAAUAACAUUACCGAAUCUGCAACCAGUACAGUUGUUAACAUUGUACAGUGACAUUUUGGGAUCCUUACAUGGGGGCGUAGAACUGCCGAUUAGCGUAACUUUAGUCGUCGCGUACGUAAGAGAAUGAACAGAGGUGCUUCCAUUGGGCUUCCAUGUGGGUGACGACACCGAAUUGUAGGUAACAUAUGAGAUGUCAUCAAGCAGGGUGCCCUAAUAGUCCACUUUCUUGCGAUUACGACAUGUUCGGCAGCUUCCCCUAUCGCAGAGAGUAUAAAAUGCUAUUGAAAAUAUAUCGUCGACAGUUUUCGUCGCUUCUGGAUUGCACUGGCGUCGCUGAGAAGACGCACCGGGCCACCAGAGCCUUGCUUGGACGAACCGGGCAGUUUCAAAUGUGCAAGAGGUUUGAGAUGUUUGAGAUCUCGAAGUUAAAACGAACAUUUUCUGUCGGUGGCGCGUGGUACCACAAAUCUGGUGCUCACAUGCAACGCUAGACGUGUCUUGUUAGUUGGCUGCAGGUCAGUGGGUGUUAGGAGAACAGAACAAUGCAGCAUCAAAAAUCUACACUCAGAAUGGCUUAAUCGGGUGGAGAGACAGUUCUGCUGCUUGUAAACUAACAGGGUGGUUUGACGCAGUGUGACGAGGGACAAUAAUGUGACCUUCACGGCCUUAAAGAAAUAGCGUGCGCACCGUAAUUAUCCACCGGUUUCUUACUACGCGCUGCUUUCAAUGAUAAUCUCCGGCCUAACUUUUUUUUUGAAGAGUUACCCUAGAGCUGUUGAUCACCUUGCUUUUCAGCAGUACUCUUUGUACUGGGCAGCUUGUCGUGAUUGCGGUUAUUACGCCCAGAAGCUCGUACGAGCACGUCAGGUAGUGGGGGCAGCACUUUUGCCUCCACAGAAUGUGAUGACAGCUGCGUUGCACAUCUGUGACGUCACGCUUUGUGGAUUGUCCUCUUUCAGCGACUUUUAUAGCAGGAAAAACGUCGGUCGGAUUCGAGAGAUAUCCAGAAAUCUAUUAAUGCUGGAAACACACACAUUAACUACGCGUUUUAUUGAGUCCUCAGGCACUGGCCUUCUCUUUAACAGCUGGGGCCGCUGUUUGGAUGAGGUGAAGACGAUUGUAUUAGUGGGGUACUUUGAGUGUUAAACGCGCAACAUGAGGAGCUACGCACUGCCUAAAUCAGUGUUUCAUAGUCCAGGUGGAUCGAAGUGUUCUCAAGCGUUAGGCAAUUUUCGCAUGUGCAGAAUGCUGAAAAAAAAAAAACAAUGUUUGGAUGAACCGGUGAGUUCAACGAAAUCCAUUUUUUAUCGCAUGUGUUUGUGUUUUUAACCGGGUGCUUUGUUAUCCCGGUCAUUUGUAAGCGGUCAACAAAUAAAAGGCUAUUAAAUUGA